GUGUAGGGAGAAAGAAACUUAAAGGGCUUGAACAACAAACAGGAAAUGCCUAACGCUGUUGCUGUUGCUGCUGCUGCUGCUGGAAAGCAGAAGGGGACCAGAAGCAGGGGCAGCAGCAGAGCUGUGAAGUUAGCUGGAGCCUUCUGAACAAGAGAGCCCCUGUUGCUACUCAAGGUUGUAUUUUUCCUGCACUGGGUUCCUUUUGCAUUCCAGCAAUGGGCUCCUGCUCCUUCAGUUCCAGCAGCAACAUCCCAGGUGUCGCUGUCCCAUGCUUGGUACUGACAGCACUGCUGCAUCUCACUCUGUCGUUCAAUGUUGAUGUGAAAGAUACAAUGAUCUUCAGUGGCCCAAUGGAAGAUAUGUUUGGAUACACUGUUCAACAAUUUGAAAACAAAGAAGGAAAAUGGGUGCUUAUUGGUUCUCCCUUAGCUGGUCAGCCCCAGAAGAAAACAGGUGAUGUCUAUAAAUGCCCUGUAGGACAGGGCAAUGGUUUGCCAUGUGUGAAACUAAACUUACCAGAUGACAUAUCCAUUCCUCAAGUUACAGAAGUAAAGGAGAACAUGACCCUUGGAGCAACUUUAGUGACUAAUCCAAAAGGAGGAUUUUUGGCAUGCGGGCCUCUUUAUGCUUACAAAUGUGGACGCUUACAUUACACAACUGGCAUCUGUUCCAACGUCAGCUCCACAUUUGAGGUUGUCAACUCCAUUGCCCCAUCUGUGCAAGAAUGCAAGACCCAGCUGGACAUUGUCAUUGUUCUUGAUGGCUCCAACAGUAUUUACCCAUGGGAGAGUGUCACUGAUUUUUUGGACAGCCUGCUGCAAAAUAUGGACAUAGGCCCCCAACAGACACAGGUUGGGAUUGUUCAAUACGGAGAAAAUGUAACCCAUGAAUUUAACCUCAACACAUACAAAACUACAGAAGAAGUACUUUUUGCUGCAAAGAAAAUUGGUCAGAGGGGAGGACGGCAAACCAUGACAGCUCUUGGAAUUGAUACAGCAAGGAAAGAAGCUUUUACAGAAGCUCGUGGGGCACGCAAAGGCGUCCAGAAAGUAAUGGUAGUUGUGACUGACGGAGAAUCGCACGACAAUUUCCGAUUAAAAGAUGUGAUUAAAGAUUGUGAAGAGGAAAAUAUACAGAGAUUUUCAAUUGCAAUUCUUGGCCACUACAACAGAGGGAACCUAAGCACCGAGAAACUUGUUGAGGAAAUAAAAUCGAUUGCAAGUGAGCCAACAGAAAAGCAUUUCUUCAAUGUCUCGGAUGAAUUAGCUCUGCUUACUAUUGUUGAAGCUCUUGGAGAGAGAAUAUUUGCCCUAGAAGCUACGAAAGACCAGCUGGCAGCCUCUUUUGAAAUGGAAAUGUCUCAAGCAGGGUUCAGUGCACAUUAUUCCCAGGAUUGGAUCAUGCUUGGAGCAGUUGGUGCAUAUGACUGGAAUGGAACUGUCGUCAUGCUAAAGGAUAAUGCCUUUCUAAUACCAAGAAAUGACACAUUUCAUGACAAGUCUUCAGAAAGAAAUGAGCCUCUUGCAGCUUACUUAGGUUAUAUAGUAAAUUCAGCCACAGUACCCGGAGAUGCGUUAUACAUUGCUGGCCAGCCUCGAUAUAAUCACACUGGUCAAGUUAUCAUAUAUAGAAUGAGAGGUGCACAUAUAGAAAUACUUCAGCGAUUAAAUGGAGAACAAAUUGGAUCUUAUUUUGGAAGUGUGAUCACAACUAUCGACAUCAACAAAGAUACAUUUACUGAUAUUCUUUUGGUGGGAGCACCUAUGUACAUGGGGGCCGAAAAAGAAGAACAAGGCAAAGUGUAUGUUUAUUCAUUGAACAAGAACACAUUUGAACAUCAGAUGACACUCGAGCCUGUAAAGCAAACAUGCUGCUCGCUACUGAAGCACAAUGACUGCACAAAUCACAAUAAGAAUGAACCUUGCGGAGCUCGUUUUGGGACAUCAAUUGCCCCAGUAAAAGAUCUCAACCUUGACGGGUUUAAUGAUAUAGUUAUAGGUGCUCCCCUAGAAGAUGAUCAUCGAGGAGCUGUGUAUGUUUACCAUGGCAAUGGAAACACUAUAAGGAAAGAAUAUGCUCAGCGCAUUGCAUCGGGUGGAGACGGGGAAAAGAUGAAAUUUUUUGGCCAAUCUAUACAUGGUGAAAUGGAUUUGAAUGGAGAUGGACUGACAGAUGUCACUAUUGGAGGCCUUGGAGGGGCAGCCCUCUUCUGGUCUCGAGAUGUGGCUGAAGUACAUGCUUCCAUGAAAUUCAUGCCCAGCAAAAUUAAUAUCCAGAAGAUAAACCAUGGCAUGCAAAAACAAAGAGUGUCCAUCAAUGCCACAAUUUGCUUUGAAGUCAGAUUAAAAUCAGCAGAGGUUACAAUUAAUGAAACAAGUAUCCAGUAUUGGAUUACACUUGAUGCUCAUAGAAAGUUGUCUCGAAGCGUUUUCACAGAAACUCUUGAACGGAAGAUACAAAAAAAUAUCACAGUCAAAGGCUCAGAAUGCAUUAAGCAUAACUUCUACAUGUUGGACCAGCCUGACUUUCGUGAUUCUGUAAAGGUUUUGCUGGAGUUCAACUUUUCUGAUCCAGAGAGUGGACCUAUUCUUGAUAGUGCGCUGCCCAACUCAAUAUAUGAAUAUAUCCCUUUUACAAAAGACUGUGGAACCAAGGAGAAAUGUAUUACCGAUCUACAGCUGACUGCCAAUGCAACCAUAGGAGGAAACAGCUUGUCUCCAUUCAUCAUCAAACUGAGCAAUCUGAAGUUCUGGGUGCAAAUGCUAGUUAAGAAUAAAAAGGACAGUGCUUACAAUACAAGAGUCCUUGUUCAGUAUUAUCCAAAUAUUAUUUUUGCUGGGAUUGAGAAAAUACCAAAAGAUAGCUGUGAAUCUGGGCAUAAUAUCACUUGUAAGGUGGGCUACCCCUUUCUAACACCUGGAGAGGAGAUUUUCUUCGAAAUAGCAUUCCAGUUCAAUGUAUCAUCACUUCUGGAAAAUACUGUGAUCCAGUUUUCUGUCACCAGUGACAGUGAUGAACUUGAAGAGACCCUUGCAGACAACAGAGGAAGUAUUGCAAUGCCAGUAAAAUAUGAAAGCGGAUUAAUAUUUAAAAGAGAUCCCAGUUCAUUUCAUAUCGUUAUAGCUGCAAAUGAUACAAUUCCUGACCGUAUUAACUCCACUGAGAACAUUGGAGAUGAAGUUAACAUAAACUACAUGAUUGAAAAAGGUGAACAUUUUCCAAUGCCACAGCUUACACUGCAAAUCUCAUUUCCUAACCUAACUUCAAUAGAAAACUAUAUCCUCUACCUAACCACAAUAUCAUUCACAGAGAAUGUGAACUGUAACAUCAGCCACUCCACAAAUCCAUUAAAUAUUGCUGCUAGCACUCCAUCUGAGACAUCGAGAAUAAGACCGCCUCUAAAGGAUCCAAAAAUAAACUGUGAUUCAUAUCAUUGCGAAUCUAUUAACUGUACAGUGACCCCAUCUAAUGUAACUCAGGUGAACAUUUCAUUCCGAAUCUGGAAACCUACCUUUAUAAAGGCAAAUCUUCACAGUGCAGAGGUCACUGUAAGAGCAUUACUUAGGAGUGAAAACUCAUUACUAAUCUUGAAAAAAGAAAAUGAACGGAUAGAGACCACUAUUAAAAUUUCAAAAGAGCUUCUUCCUGGUCAUGUACCACUAUGGGUUAUUCUCCUGAGUGUUUUUGCUGGACUUUUGAUUCUUACACUGCUUAUAUUUGCAUUAUGGAAGGCUGGAUUUUUCAACAGGCCAUUAAGGAAGAAAAUGGAGAAAUGAGAAGAAAAAUCUACAAAAAGAAAACUAGGAAUUCUACAACGAUGUGUCCUCAGAAACGUGACUGUGAAUCACUGUCUAGGAGUAAUCUCGGUGGUCGCAAAAGUUUUCUUGAACACCAACAGAGAGCAGCUAACAGUAAAACAAAACAAUGAAGCCAACAAAUCAACAAUGGAAAUGGGUAGUAGAGAAGAAAUGUAUGUUCUUUUAUUUGUUGAAGAUGGCCAGGAUUUAAAGAUCUGCCCGCUGGGACUUUGGGCUUCUGUUCUCAAAGAACCCUUCUGCAUGAGACAUGCAAACUGCUUCUGAAACUAAGAAGUGCUUUAAGAGCAGUUUGUGAUAUUGCCAGAGUGGAUGGUGGUGUAUUGAUGAAAGCAAAUUGGGGGGGGGGAGACGACCAACUGAUUGCAGGUAGCUAGGCUUACCCAUGGCAGCUCUAGAUCCCAGCCAAUAUUUUCAAAACUGUUUACUUUUAGAGCACAAUUCUAAGGCUGCCAUCCCAAGCACGUUUAUAGAGAAGUAUGUUCUCUUGAACUGAAUGAACUUCCAAAUAAUGCAACUUUCCCCAACCUGGUGCCCUCCUGAUAUUUUAGACUACUGCCCCAAUUAGCCCCAGCCGGCUCAGCCAAGCUGGUGGGUAUUGUAAUCCAAAACAUCUGGAGGGCACCAGGUUGAGGAAGACUGAAAUAAUGGAUUUGGGAUCAGUUUCUGAUAUGUAUGGUAAACAUUUGUAAACUUGAUCAUUUGUUGCUCCGAAAUAGGGAUGAAGGUGUAGAAUCAUUUUCAAAACAUAAAAAAAAUAUCAAAGCUUGGUAUCUUGCUGAGCCUGAAUUCUAAUCCUCAAACAUGUUGUUAGUUUGAACAACACAUGUGCUUAUCUUGAACAAUAAACCCCAAAGUCCAUCAAAUGAACUAUGAAGUUGAGAGACAAUACUUUGCAUUUAAUACCAUACAACUAGGGCAGUUUUUGUUUCUACUUCAUGUAAUCAGAGAAAAGCUAUCUCUCAAUGGUACAGCACAUGUUUUAUGUGCAGGUUCAGUCCCUUGCAUCUCUAUGUAGGGCUGGAA